CUCGUGGUCAUAGAUCAUCAUGAAUAUACCGAAUCAUUUGAGUGAGCAUCUACUUUCGGAAAUUAUAGUUGAGAGUUCCUUGAUGUUGAUCAACGGUCACGACUAUGUUUUGAUACUAACAACACCGAAUGCACCAUAAUUAUACAAAGAAGACAUGGACAAUCGGCAAGCUGCUCCUCCAGCAGCCGUGCCUGCACCUGCAGCCGCUGCUGCUCGGCCGCAACCAGCUGCGGCUGCAGCUGCAUCUUCAUCAAGCACCUCGAAUUCUCGGCUAGGAGCUCCUGGCUCAACAUCGGCAAUAAACUCCACACUGUGUAGCGAACAACCGCAAAAGAAGACGUUAUCAGACGUACUAGUGCGAGCAGGCGAGGGCUUCGAAAAUUGGAAAAAAACGAUCGUGGAGCUCGAUAGUGAGGAGAUAGCGCGUCGGCAAGCGCAGCAAGAUGCAAACUGUAGUCGGAAGUUGUCUAUGGCUCAGGUAUUAAGGACGAGAAGGAUACACAGCACUUAUACAUAGUUAGAAGUAGUUAUCAUGACGUGAUAUCUUGGUCGUGAUUUGUCGUGCGCCGGCAAUCGACGCCUUUACAUAAAAAGAGCUUGCGGCAGUGUGUAAUUUUACUAGACCAACAUCAACAAAGAUCCUGGCAGCUCACUGAUGUCGAGUGCGCUUUACAUAGUAUGUAAUUGCUAUUCCUUGACCACAUUCUUUUUCUUAUGCAUAUUUCUCGAAUCAUCUCCACCAGAUUAAUACUUGGAUUACUCUUGCGAAGUUUCGGUCUAGAGGAUCUAGCGGCAGAGUUGAUGUUUGCAAUUUCCCAAUGCCCCUGAAGUUUCUAGUGCGUGACUUCUUGGGAGAGCAGAUCCAGCAACUCAGUGCCUUGGCUGCUGAGGAGAAGGCUAGGCAGUCUCGACUUGCAUCAUUUGCGACCGAUGCUGUGGAAAAGCGAAGGAGCGCUGACCGCCUCCGGGCGGCAAACUACUACCUGGGCUAUAUCCACACCCAAGCGGCACAAGGCGUUCACCGUGUUCCGAUCACUACUGAAAUCUGUGCCGCUGCGCCCAAGAUGAGCACGGGCGAGCCUGUGCGCCUUGACAUAGUGUUCCGAAUUAUUUCCAGGAAAAGCGACUACUCUUACGCGGUGCUCGAUGGAGAAGGUGAACCAAUUGACUUUCUGGAUGACGCGAAUGUUGUGGAUGAUCUUCUGGACCCCUCAACUAGCAGGCUGCUUCCGCUCUUUAUCGGCUUCAAGAAUAGCGUCGCACCAAACGCGGAGAGCGCGUUCCACGCGGUGAACGCUGUGGAACAACUGGAGCGGGGGCGUAGAAAUGUAUCGUCUGGCCCUACAGUUCAUACCAUAGAGGCGAUAAACAAGCCUUAUUUGAGGACCCUCGUUGAGGUGAUUGCAGAAACGCAGAGGAAGGCAGCCGAAUUCCUGGUGCAGCGCUUCAAGCUGGGGCUCGCGCAUGGGAGCACAUCGCUGCAGGUCACUAGUGAACUCAUAGAGGGACUCGACUAUCCGAAGCUGCCCAAUGGGAACAUCUGCCCGCUGUCGCAUGCGCGGCUGUGCAGCGAAGUCCACAAAUCAAUCUCCGACUACGAUUCGCUCUUCUGGCAGAUCCUGAUCGUUGACAACAAAACGCCUAUGGAUGAGAUCGAUUACAAAAAAGCUGACACUGACGGCGGUACCCUCCGCACGCGAACGUGGGUUGAGCUCACUCAAAUGGAGGACCCACUGCCGUUUACAAUCGCUCUGAAGGAACCUCCACAAAACUGAGUCACAUUAAAAGAAGUGUCCAUGUAUUAUGGUGUUACACACUUCUUUAUCCUUUCAGGCAGAAACAAACGCCAACACAUCGAUAUAAUAGAACAGUUUAUAGCACGAAUGACGCAUGGGACGAAUGGCAUGAAUGGCACACCCCAACAGGCCGCAAACUUCAACUCUUCCCUAGUGCCCGUCACUCUGACACUGAUGUGGCGCCCCUCCAGGAGAGGCGGAAGCACGGUUACACCAGGAGAGCAGUGCUGUUAGUGUCGUGUGGCAGAGCAAUAAU